CAUCACUGCGCUGUAAAAACUAGCAGACGACACAGCCGACUCAAAUUUACAUGCUUUUUAAUUAUUUGCGGUUUUAAUUUUAGUAACAAUGUGUUUUAAGUAAACAAGUAUGAAAUACUUUUUGUACAUAAAAAAACUGAUUUUGUAUAAUAAUGUCUUUACAGAAAGUAGAUUUACAUCGUACAAAUGUUCCAAAAAAUGCUGUGCUUUUAAGUGAAGAUGAUGCUAUUGAUUAUCAAUGGAAAUUAUUAAGGAACUGGCCGAUAAAAUCAGAAGUAUGGGCUUUCAAAUAUGGUAUUAGCAGUUUAAUAGGUGCAGCUGGUUUUACAGGUUUAUAUAUUGGCAGAUACUAUAGAAGAAAAUUAAAAUUACAACAUUAUGGAUAUAUAACAACAUUGUUAAGUACAGUUGUUUCUGCUAGUUUUGGAGCAGGUUUUCUUCACGUGGAGUUUGUCAUGUCAGAUGUUCUACUUGAAAAAACUCCGUGUCCUGUUUGUGUACAAACGAGAGCAUCUUUACUGCAAAUCUCAUCAGGAGUAAUUUAUCCUCUAAUUAUAUCUCCCAUUCUUUCUGCAAUGAUAGCAGUAAGAAUUGGAGUAAGAAUGCCCUACUAUACAGAAUGGCGAGAACUUGCGAAACUGUGGUCAAAAGUAACUAAACCAUUGGCUGGUCGGAUUCUUCUUCUAAUUGCUUUUCAUGGUUUAAUGGCUACCGGUGUAACAUAUUACGAAGCCCAACAAGUGUAUAAUAUACAAGAAAAACUGUUAAUUGCCGAAAAAGAUUCUCCAAAUAGAAACAAAUAAUUUAUAAUAGUUUUAAUAAAGUUGUUUUUAUGUACA